AAGAUAGAACUCGCUGCGAGAGGAAGCACAAGGUUAGGAGCCUCUUCGUUCGGUGUUUCCCUUCUCGUGUUUAAGACGAAUAAUACGGCAGUUCGCUCGCCAUCCUUGUGGGACUUCGUUUAGGAAAACGCCAGGUGUUUCAAAGGAUUCGACGGUUCGUUCGCCGAGGUAAAUGUUGCACAGACGUGGACCCUGGCGAAUCGGUCAAGCGAUACUGAAGAAGACUAAAGAAAAUAAAGGAGAAGAAAAAAGAUGGAGAAGGAUGGUAGGCGGACCAGAGAAACCCGAAAUGGAGUAAUCAAAAGGACUGACUGUCUCGACCGAUAAAGAAAUAAGAAAACAAAGGAAAGACUCUAAGAAAAGAGGUUCAGAGAGAGAGAGAGAGAGAGAUAGAGAGAAAGCAUCAAUGAGCCAAGGCAGAAGUGGAGACCCGACGUCCCGAAGAGAAGGGCCGAGGAGGCGCUGAAGAUCGGGGACGAAAAAGCGCGGGAAAAAAAACAUCGUUCGAACUAAAUGCGCACGCUAGGCUCCCCGACGACGCAGCUGCGCACGAGGGCCUGAUCCGUGGCGAUCGUGGGGGCUGAGUGAUCCAUGGCGCGGGACUGCGAGUGAUCCAAGCGAGGGCUGAGCCAGGUGUCAUGGCGGCGGCCCCUCUGCGGCGUCUGUGUGUUCCUGCGAGAGGCGGCCUGGAUCCAAGAUGAUACUGCCACCCUAAGUUCUGACUUUUGAACACGAUCUGAAAAAAUAAUAACUAUUAAUAAAUACGAUAACCCAUAGUAAUACCAAUAAUAGUAAUACUAAUACUAAUAAUUGUUAUCAAUAAAAUAACAAUAAUAUUAAUAACUAUGAUAAUAUAAUAAUAUCAAUAAUGAUAAUAAUAGUAGUAAUUAUACGAUAAUAAUAACGGUAGUAACGAUAAAGAUGGCUGUUUAGAUUUUGAUUUCGUAACCGUCAGUGAUUUUUCGCUACCUCAGGGAGUUUUCCUCUUCUCAUUUCCCUCAAAGUUUGCGUUCGUGUGAUGGUUGCAGCUGGAGGAUCGUCCGCGUCCCUAACUCGGUGAUGGUGAUGCAGUGACGCUCUCACAAUAAUCGUACAGAAAUGUCAUUAAGGACAACCUGGGCCUCUAAGUUUGAAUAUCUGGCGGAAAGGCGGACAUUAUCACUCUUUGCGCUGUCGGUGCGAGGCAGAUCUCCCUCUCUCCAGCCUGCGAGCUGCGGCCACGAGACGAGAUAACAGUGAUCGAUCAUGUUAUUACCUCACAAGGCUUGUGGCAGAACUCAGACUUUGGCGAGUCUUCCCUUCCGGAGAUAGAGGCCCGGGCCGCCAUGUGACGUGCCGUGGCUGCCCGCUCGCUCUCUCCGCCACCUUCACUCUUCUCCGCGAACUCAGCAUCCGGAUACUCUCUGGUCUCCUCGAAGUACUCUCUGCUGCUGCUCUCUUGCAGGAAGAAAGCUUCAGUUCUAUUAUCCGCUGUUGCGUGCCGUUGUGUGGAAAGUUCGUUGUGCUUUGAUAAGACCAAACUCACUCUGCGAAGUCACUCAUGCUCACGCCACAGCCCUCCUGUAGGCACCAAGGCACCCCGCGCCCCCCGUCGCUCCCUCGCUUGCUCCUGAAGAGGCAGCGGCCCCUCGGGACGUAGCCGCUCCCUCUGCCCCGGACUUUCUCUCCUUCCUCGCGCUCGUGGGUCGCCUCGGGCCGCGUGAUGGUGGGAGCUCCGGGCCUGGACGGCGGCUUGCUCAGCGGCGCCGACGGAGCGGUCAUGGGCGGCGACACCGUGGAGGACGAGGUGGACCUCGGCUCCAUCCCUCUGCUGGAGACGCCCCCUGGCGAGCAGCCGCCGCCCUCGCCGCGCCUGCUCGGCUACAGCGGAGCCUACGGCGCCAACGGUGGCUACGGCCCCGGCUACGGCAACGGCUACCCCGCCUAUGGAGGGGGAGAGCUGGUCAUGCUGGCCGGCGGCGCCCACGUGGGCGUGGAGAGCCUGGCACAGGCGGCGGUCAUCCUGGUCAUCGGCGUCGCCAUCAUAAUCUCCAACAUCAUCGUCUUGGCCACGUUCAUCACCAUGCCAGGCCCAAAGGACGUGAUCAUGUACUACCUCAUGUCCCUGGGGGUGUCCGACCUGGUCGCGGGCGUGGUGGUGGUGCCCCUCAGCGUGUAUCCGGCCCUGGUCCAGCGCUGGGUGUAUGGCGACGCCGUCUGUGGCCUGGCCGGAUACCUUGAGACGACGCUCUGGUUCGCCCAGCUGUGCACCUUCAUGUGGAUCAGUGUGGACCGGUACCUGGCCAUCAGGAAGCCUCUCAGGUACGAGACGGUGCAGACGAAGACGCGGUGCCAGUGCUGGGUUGUGUUCACGUGGAUCACCUCCAUGAUGUUGUGUUGCCCGCCGCUGCUGGGCUUCAACAACUCUUCCCACUGGGACUCCGAGGCUUUUGUGUGCUGGCUGGACUGGGGCAGCAUGAUAGCGUACGCGUUCACUCUCGUUCCCAUGGUGCUGGGACCUACACUCAUCACCCUCUUCUACACCUACGGCUACAUCUUCAACACCAUGCGCAGGCUCAAAACUUGCGUGGUGGGACAGGACAAGGAGUUUAUCACCGCACUCACCUCGAACCUGGCGAACCCCGACCAUGCCAUGUCUUUCGUGCUGGUGCUCACUUUCUGGCUCUCGUGGGGGCCGUGCGUGGGGGUGAGGACCUACGAGUACCUCACGGGCCACCAUAUCGACGUGAGGUUUCUUCACUUCGCCGUCUUCUGGCUCGGAGCGCUCAACUCGUGCUGGAAAUCCAUUAUCUACAUCGCCAUGAGCCCGAAGUUCCGCCGCGGCCUCAAGCUCUUCUGCCUCUCCCUAUGUUGCCAGCGGAAGGCGCGGAAUGCCGAACUCAUCAUGGACUACUAGAUCACCCAGGACUUCCGUGUAUAAUUCUCUUCCAUGUGUUCCCGUAACUUUAGCGAGUAACGAUGCUUUUCUAGCGUGUGAAGUUGUGUUAGUGAGGAGCCGUAGAAGACAGGUCGCGGGUGAAUGCAUUUAAUGCUCAAUCGAUAAAGUCGAGCACUGGUGGACUGCUGUGCGGGGCUGCGAUCAGUGCUAACUGGAUCAAAAGAUAGGAUUUUUUGUACUUGACAAUCUUAGAAUGAAUGUUAGUGUGUUUAGACUUCGCUGCUGCCGGUCCCACUUCCAGGGGGCUGGCGAGCAUUACACAUUGUUGUCUCUUGUACUGUCCGUUCUUGUUGGGGUGUCUGCGUGUGGUAGACAGGCUUUAGGGUUUCAGAAACAUAUCAGUGUCUCAGAUAUAGCCGCGUCCAGAUGAAAAAAAGAACAUUUAUGCGCGAAUGUCUGCAUAUACAAUAUAUAUAUAUUCUUCUUUUUCUUUGAAUUUUCGAGUGGGUUUUUAUUUCCUCCAUUCUCCUUACCACAUGCUUCUAGUUUAUUGUUCACCUGUGUAUACUUUCUUACAAUAUGAUGUGAUUAUGAUUCAGGUAUGAUAUGCGUUUAUAUAAAGGUACGUGUCCUACGCUAAUAGUGAAAGACUUUUAUGUAACUGCUGAUCUCCACCUAUUGGACACGACUGCUCGGAAGUCAGAAGAAAAGAAAAAAAAAUCAAGAUACUUUAGCACUGCAUUAAUUCCGUGGUUGUUUUUCCUACAUUUCUGUGAAAGGAGAAAUGGUGAUAGUGAAACAUGGCAACGUUUUCUUAAGGAGUUUUCGAUGAUUUAACUCAAAUCAACUCAAUUCGAUUAUUAAAUGGUUUCCCUGUUUCUUUUUGUUGCUAAAUACUAUACAAAAUCGGUCUGUCAAUGCAUUUGUAAUCGUUCAUUCACACAUUCGCUGCACGUGCACACACGCGCGC